CCACCAGCAUUAUAUAAGUUUACCCACAUUCACACUCGUUAAGACGCCACAUCGUCAGUCACUCCUCACCAUGAACAAGUGGAUCAUUUCAGCGUUUCUUGUAGCAGCAGUAUGUGUCGGCUAUUCGAGCGCUGCUUGUUCAGUGGAUGACUUGUCCGUCGUCACUACCUGUUCAACUAACUUUGCAACCGCCUUCACUGCAGCCGGCCAGGAUAAGAGUAAAGUCUGUGCUGCGUUCGAGGCUUUCAUCACCUGCAUCAACAAAGUGAGCAGCGGUUGUAAGAGUGACCCAUCGUUCAGUCAGGCAAUCGACGCGAUAAAGAGUCAAGUGGGAAGUUUCGGAUGUACAUCCUCAGCAUCUGGAGUACACAUGUCGGUUGUUGCAACAAUCAUCGCUCUUAUCGCCGCCUAUGUGUUCAUGAAAUAGACAGAUUUAAAUAAACAUUGAACAUAAUCAUACACAGGUCGGAAUAAUCAUUGAACAUAAUCAUUCAUUUGUUUCAUCAAGCAAAUGUUGAAAUGUAUACUUUAAGAACUGUUAUUUACAUGAUCAAAUAAACAUCAAAUUAUUUACAUAUCAAAA